AUGUUGCAGAAAAAAAAUUCUUGCAAGCAAUUGGGGGAUGAAAAAAAAAUUGUGCACAGAAAAAUUCGAAAUCGAUCAUGUCCAUAUGUCACCAAUGAAAUAAAAGAACUCAUGAAGUCUCGGGACCUACACCUCCGUCGGUUUCAACUGACACGCGAUGAAGGUGAUUGGGUAGUUUACAAAGAAUAUCGUAAUAACGUAAAAACCAAAAUUAAAACCGCAGCGAAGGACCACACCUUCAACGAAGUAAGAGAACAUAAACACAAUUCGAGAUCCCUAUGGAAAAUAAUUAAUAAUAUAAUUCCCUCGAAGGAAAAGGAAACACAAGUUUAUAGUAAAGAUCCAAAAACAGUUGCAGAAGAUUUCAACCUUUUUUUUACUUCUGUGGGACGGAACGCUGCUGCGACAGCCGAAAGUUUAGCCAAAGACAACAAUGUUGCACUGUCAAAUCCUCUGUCAAAUGUAAUCACUUAUCCAUCUGAUCAACUGUUCAAUUUCCAAUCCGUUACUUGUACAGAGGUUCAACGCAUUAUCAUGGCUAUGCCAAGUAAUAAGUCACCAGGACCAGAUAAAAUAGGCAUGCGUGUCAUCAAAGACUGUCUUCCAAUCAUACUGGGUCCUCUUACGCAUAUGAUAAAUUGCUCUCUAAUGACAAGCACAUUCCCUGACCUAUGGAAGAUUUCUGAAGUUAUACCCCUACUAAAAGAAGGAGACCACGAGAUAGCCUCAAACAAUCGGCCUCUCUCACUACUCGAGGUAGUUUCAAAAGUUUGUGAAAAAGUUGUUCUAAAUCAAUUUAGCUCCUACCUCAAAGAAUUUAAUCGCAUAUCGUCACAUCAAAGCGGGAAUAGGAGUCUUCACUCCACCGAAACCUUAAACAUAUUUGUUACCGAUACGAUGUUGGAAGCCAUAGACAACAAAAAUCUAACGGCACUAAUUUUAUUGGAUUUAUCCAAGGCAUUUGACAGUGUCAGUCAUUCGAUUUUAUUACACAAAUUGAGUUGUAUCGAUGCUUCACCCGAAGCUGUUAAAUGGUUCCAAGACUAUUUAACAGGCAGAUCCCAAUACGUGCGCAUUGGAUCCACCAAGUCAUCAGCUCGCCCGAUAACCCAUGGCGUUCCACAAGGUGCAAUACUAUCACCACUUCUGUUUUGCAUCUAUAUUAAUGAUCUGCCAGGGAGCAUACAAUCGUGUAACCUUGAUUCAUACGUAGACGACUCAAAGCUUUACAAAUCAUUCCGCAUCUACGACUUGGAACAGACAACUAUCAAUUUAGAGGCAGAUCUACAAAUAGCAGCCAAGUGGUGUUUGGAGCACCAAUUACUGAUCAAUCCAGAAAAAACUAAAUUCCUUGUAGUCGGUUCAAGACCCAUGCUGCAGAACGUACCUACAGAAAUAUCGCUAACAUUUUUAGGAAAGACUAUAAGACCUGUUUUAUUAGCUAAAGAUUUGGGAAUCAAUUUGGAUUCGUACCUAUCCUACGACGUCCACAUAUCUAAACUCGUUUCGUCGUGUAUGAGAAAACUAUGUCAAAUAAAUCGCGUGAAGGAUAGUUUCGAUAAUGAAACAUUAAAAUUGGUCAUUGAGAUACUUGUAAUUAACAAGCUUCUGUACUGCUCUACGGUGUGGUCCAACACGUCAUCUAACAAUAUCAAUAAACUUCAAUCAGUGCAGAACUUCGCGUGCAGAGUUAUAUCAGGGGUAGGAAAGUUCGAUCACAUAACUCCGGCGUUGCGCGAACUAAAUUGGUUGCCAGUGGAAAAGUUAUUAUUGGAAAGGGAUAAAUGA